GACAAAAGGGAGAGCAGCGUCAAAUAGGGGACGAAAACGAAAACCAACCUGCGCCCUGAGAGGGGAGAGAGAAAGCGAGAGAGAGCGAGAAGACGCUUGGCCACGGCACCUCGCGCAGCCCUGCGGCGUCGCCCACGAUGAUGAGCUUUGAAGGAGGCACGGGCUACGCCGAGUCGGACGCCGACGACGAGUACGAGCAUCACCUGGGCGACCACUCGCCCGUGGGCGAUUCCGAGACGUCGCCCAUGGGCUCCGAGCUGUCGACGUCGGCCGAGCACACGCCCACCACGUACGGCCAUCGAAGCAGCAUGGACCGCCUGCCCGAGACGAUUAUUACCGAGUGGACGGCCGAGGAGUGCGCGGAUUUCAUCAGUGCCAUCGGGCUGCCGCAGUAUGCCGAUACAUUUCUAGAAAACGACAUUGUUGGAGAGGCCCUGGUUGCUCUGCUGCAUGACGAUCUCAAGAGCAUGGGCAUCGCCAGUGUGGGCCACCGUCUAACCAUUCUCAAGAGCGUCUACGACGUCAAAAAGGCUCAAGAUAUCCCAAUUGAGAGCGAUCACUACCUACCACUUUCCGCCGAUGCCGAAGCCCAAUACGCCACAGCAACGCUCAAAGACAUCAGACACCUAGUGGAACAGCUUCGGCUGCGAGACGAGCGGAUGAGCCUACUGGAGCAGGACCUGCGGCGGAUGAACGAAGACUUUAAGCGCCUCAGGGAGGACAUGCUGCCGGCGCUGCGGCUUGUCAAGGACGUUCAGCACCCGCUGCCAAACGUUUCUGGGCCCAGCCAAGCAUACACAUACGAAGCCACCCUCUCUCCGCCCGCACCAACGCCUCCUGGAGCCCAGCCCGGCGAUCGAGGCGUGAAACGACAGUACUCACAACGACGAAUCCUGAUAGGAGCUACGCCCAAGAGCAACUCGCCGACACAAGCGACGCACGACCAGCGGAUCAUGCCGGAACAGACACUGGACCCGUCCAGCGCGGCAGAGAGGGCAGUCAUGUCAUCGACGCACCUGGCUGCCAUGAACGGCGCCCCCUCUGUCUCCACGACCGGAUACCCCUCCCCUGUUAUGCCAUCACCGACAUCCCCAAUGAACCACAUGAGCGGAACCACUCUUGGUUCGCGAUCCUAUAACUCGACCCCUUCUGUACGAUCGACAUUCAUCGAACCAGAUCUCGGCUACAAUUCACGAGACAAGGCCGGUGGCGGGUCGAUUCGACGACGAGAGACGCCCGUUCCCGAGACGCCCAAUCCUAAAGACUCUGUCGAAAUCUUCAAGUCGUUCCGAGUAAGCAUGGACGACCCAUGCUACAAGGUGUUACCGGCUGCGCUUAAGAAGUAUCAGAUCAAUGCACCUUGGGACCAAUACGCUCUGUACAUUGUCUACGGCGACCAGGAGCGUUGCCUCGGCAUGGAUGAGAAGCCUCUGAUUCUGUUUAAGCAGCUGGAUAAGGAAGGCAAGAAGCCCAUGUUUAUGCUGCGCAAGACAAAUAGUGCCCAGGUAGACGGCGACCUUCCCGGCAUGAGCAUGAACCCAGCAAGAGGAGCUUCAACGGGCUACGAUCCGCCGGGAGGCAUCAUCUGAAGAGGAAAAUAAGGCACGCUUUGGUUUGAUGGGCAUACUCACAAGUGUCUCCGAAUGACACUGGUAGAGAGGCUUUUGUUUCAUUAUCCGCGAGUUGGGCUGUUGUGACAUAUACUUGGAAGGGGGCGCAUUGGAGUUGGUGGGGAAAAGGGAAAGCAAAAAGGAAAUUCAGGCCGCGGCGAAGAGAAGUACGAAGAAAACGACAUGCCCUGGUAAUGUAUGCUGCGUGCGUUUCUGCUGCAGCUUAUUCUGACGCUGCAAGCGGCCGGAACGGGGCUG